CGGAUCGAGGAUGCGGGACCGCGGGUCUUCAGCGUCCGUCGCUGUGCUGAUAAACUGACUUCGUGGCCCGGACUUGACAGACAGUGUACGCCUGUGUGGGUGCCACUACAUAUCGAGGUGAUCCACGCGGAUCGUCGCGGUCUUACCCCGACGUUCGGCCUGGACGUGCGCGACUUUGCUACCACCGACUCUACUUGUCCCCCCUGUGGCACGUCCGCGGUGAACGGUGAACACACUUUGAAUCGCUGCUACUGUCUACCAGGACACACGGGUUCAGUCACACAGAUGCGAACACGGCCCGGAAGCAAAGGGCGCAGCGGUCGCUGCUGGUACCUCGCUUACCGUUCCGUCUGAGGCUGCCCGAUCCGAGAGCUGUUGCGGACCUAAGUCGGGAUAGGCUUCGCGGCUCGCACGAUGAUGUACUCACCGGACAAGAUGAUGGGGAGCAAGGGGCUCCACGGGACGCCGAUCGCCGCCCCGGGCUGCUUCCCCUCGGGGAGGUAUUCGCCGCCGCCUUAUCGCGCCGCGCCGGAUCCGAUGCCGCCGCCGAGACGAUGCAUGCCCAACACCACGAGUCGUAUAUUGGAAGAUGCAUCCAUUGCAAUGUGCAAUUCUUGGUCACCGAGGCAUAAUGGUGACCUGUUUGGCGGCUUGAACAGUGGUUUGCAGGAUGGCUUACUACAAAGAGCGGAGGCUUUAGCAGCAGAUCUGAAGCAUAAUUCCGGGACGCCGAUGCCGCUCAAGCACGACCCCGUGUCUGUGUAUCAUCACGGACCACAUAUGCCCACCCCCCAUCCAAAUAACCGGCCACAUCAUCAGGUACAAUCACAUUUCCUUAUGGGCCACCCGGGGAUGGAGAGCCUCGACAUGCUGGACCCAGCGAACUCAAUGACGACCCUGACGCCGAUGUCCGAGAGCACGGGCGGCGGGCCCGGACAUCACACGGGCAUCCACGGACCCUCCGUCUACGGCGGCAUGAACGGCAUGAUGAGCCACCACCAUCACCACGGCAACCUGGGCAGCGGUGGUGGCAGCGUGCCGCAUCCGGCGCAUCAUCACCCGGCGAUGGCGGCUGCGGCUGCGGCCGCGGCCGCGGCCGGCCUCCACCCGGACGCGGACACCGAUCCGCGGGAGCUGGAGGCGUUCGCCGAGCGAUUCAAGCAACGGCGCAUCAAGCUAGGAGUCACCCAGGCCGACGUCGGCAAGGCGCUCGCCAACCUGAAGCUGCCUGGCGUCGGCGCGCUCUCGCAGUCGACGAUCUGCCGUUUCGAGUCGCUCACGCUCUCGCAUAACAACAUGAUCGCGCUCAAGCCGAUUCUACAAGCGUGGCUGGAGGAAGCGGAGGCCCAGGCGAAGAACAAGCGACGUGACCCCGACGCGCCCUCGGUACUGCCCGCCGGCGAGAAGAAGCGGAAACGGACGAGCAUCGCCGCGCCCGAGAAGCGCUCGUUAGAGGCCUACUUCGCGGUGCAGCCACGACCCUCGGGCGAGAAGAUCGCGGCGAUCGCGGAGAAGCUGGAUCUCAAGAAGAACGUCGUCAGGGUCUGGUUCUGCAACCAGCGGCAGAAGCAGAAGCGCAUGAAGUUCGCGGCUCAACAUUGACCCGAGGGUGGCUUGUGACAGCAGAACUGACCGUACCAGCUGCCCAGUCUCGAGCCCAAACCCGAACCCUUGGCCGAGUUUCAAGGAUGGCCGUGAGGAGUCCGCGUGCGCGCGCGCGCGCGCGCGCGCUCGGGCUAAGGACGGGGCUUCCUUCGACGUCGCUGGUGGAUGACACGGUGAACAGGCAUUCAACGCGGAUUCGAGUCAUCGUCGGACCACGUCGCCGUGAUUAUCCAUUCGCGGGAGUCUCUAUCGCAGCCACUCCAACGCGGGACAUGGCUCGACACUGCGGGCAGACUAUCGGUACACGACAGUCGGACUGUCACAGGCUGAGAGUGAUAAAUCGCCUGUUAUCACUGCGCGUGUUUGAUUAUGCGUAACGCAUACUCUCCGGAAUCACCGGUUGCAGGGAGCUAUUCUUGACUCGUCGGCUAAAUGAAUCUCUCUCUCUCUCUUUUUCUCUCGCUCGUUCUCUCUUUCUCUCUUUGCGCACGAUUACCUCUCGUUGUGAGGUUAAAAGGGAUACAAUGACGUUGACUACUUUUACGUUUACGAAUGUUUCGCCGACGAGAAGCUGCGCGCGAUCCGCGUCAUCCGCUAACGGGAGUUGUCCAGACGGUGUGAUUUCUCGCGCAGUUAUCCCGAAUCGAUCACUCUUCUGUUGGAAUUUGCGACGAAUUUCCGAUCGAUCUUACGCUCCCUCACGUAAGGGCGCGGCUCUUCGCGCACGUUUACGCGCUCCAAAGUCGCUCGUGGCUAAAUUAGCAGACAUCUGAACACACGUCACGACGCAUCUCUUUAUUUCGCACGCCGGACGCGGCCAACGAACGAUUUCGCGCUGCAGGCGUAUAACAUAUAGACGAACGAACGCGCGAAAAUAACUUUCGUCCGUAAUAAAAAAACAAGGUGCAAAUCACCGGGAAAAAACACUGGUCGCUGCAAUAAUGCAUGACGCUUUCAACGGCAUGAUUUUUGGAUAAUGGAGAGAUGCGUUGGGAACGUAUCAGCGCUUUCUUCGUAUUUUUCAUUUGCAUUAGCAGCAGGAAACAUUGUAGCGAUGGAUUCGCUGUUGCAUAACAACAUUAUGGACCCGUGCAAGUCCGAUCCGCGCGUUUUAUCCGGCAUGAGAUAUUGUUAUUUUCGAAAAAAAGGAAGAAAAAAGGGAACAUGAGGGGAGAGGAAGCGCAGACUGCAGAGUACACGUUGAUGCUUUUGCAACGGAAUACAGCUUGCGUUGUCUAUUUUUAUUUUUUUUUUAAUUUAACGGCAGGACUCGGUAAAAUUUAAUUCAAGUACGCGCGUCGCGCUACAAUGCUCUUCGGCCCCGUGCGAUAUACCUUCUUUCUUUGUUUCUUUCUUUCUUCCCCACGAGACUCCGAGGUGAAGUUUUCGAGCCUGUAGUCCGUAAAGCCACGAGAUCGAGAAACCACCACCACCGACGAUCGCGAUAAAACAGUUUACGAUGCCAUUCGCUCUUCGACCCCACGCCGUAUAACAUCCACGGUCGAAAUCGCCGUUUGGCGCCGAUUUCACGAUCAUAUUUCUCGCGCACGAAUAUGCGAAAUCCACAGUGACUGUCGCGCAAAUGUAUAUAAAUCCACAAUGGCGAUAUGCAGGCGCGUCGUGUCCCUUGGUUGAAAAAUAGUGAAAAAUUCAACGGCAGUACAAAAAUUCGUCUUCUGCCUGUGAAUGUCGCGCUGGUGUUUCUCGCCUCGAUGUACAAUUGCAACGGCGAUUGAACCUCACGUUAUUAUAAUUGCAAGAGCUGCACCGUUGCACGGUGACGAACUUUCGUGUUGAGCAGCUGAAAUAUUCAAAGCAGUCGUCUUUCCCGACAAACAUAAUCGCAUCGUUGGCAACUUUCCAUCCAUGUUGAUAGCGGAUGACGUUCCACGCGAAUCACGAGCCGACAACACCUUCGCGUCGCGAAGUAACGCAUCGGCGAAACGCUCGUAAACCAUCCGAUAGUCACCACUGCAAUAAUUUACUUGGCAAUAAUCAUCGAAGGUAGGAUCGAUCGUUGGGGAGGCAACCCCGAUGGGAACGAGGCGAGAGAGGGAGAAAGAGAAAGAGAGAAAGAGAGAGGAAGAGAGAGGGAGAGAGGCUGUUCGGUCGUUCACCAUCACGGACGUGCGCCGUGACGGAUGAACGGCGGCGAAGAGGGCGAGGAUUGCCGACGCGUCUUGAAAAGUACAACUCGAAACAUAAAAUAUAAAGUACGUAUUGUUAUAAAGACGACGCGCGGAUACGUCGCGCCGAAGAAAAAGUGAUAUUAAUCCUAAUGAAGACGCUCAGUGCAGUGUAAACAGUGAAGAGAACGAGAGCGCGCGUGUGAACGAGUGAAUGCGAUGUGUAUGUGAGGAAGAACCAGAAAGGGGUUGAGGUUUUCAGAAGAAAAGAAAAACGAGGAGAGAUAGAGAGAGAUGGAGAGAGAAAAAGAGGGGAAGAGAGGAAGGUUAAACGAGAGAAAGGGGGUGAAAGAGAGCGAGAGAAAGAGAGGGAGUGCAUGUGUGUGUGAAUGAUUGCGAGAAUGUAGGCAAAAAGGGGGAGAGAAAGAGAGAGAAAGAGAGGAACAAACUAACAGAGCUAAGAAAAAUGUUUUACGUAGUGAUAUUGGACAAUCAGUGAAAAGACUGUACCAUAUCAUAUUGAAGCAAUACCGUAGUACAUAGUAAACGAAUUAAUUAAACUCUGUUCGUAUUUUCUAUGAUCGUCCGCGCAUCCGCCAUGCGCUCGCGGACUAUUUUCGUAAAAUGGGAGAACGGGGAGGAAAAACAAAGGGGGCAAACGACGUAACGAGAAUCGCGCGAGAGGUGCGCGUGUCUCCUCGCCUCGGUACAUCCUGCUUUCAUAUCCAACGGCUAAUAUCUCCUUACCGAUCCGAUAUCAGGGAUACGCACGACGGUUUGACGCUCGGUUACCGCUCGCGUGAGUCAACGCGAGCGCUCUGGGAACGCUGGUUGAUCGUGCGACGUAAGUACGAGAGAGGGGAAGAGAAGGCUCUUGAGUUUCCGAUUCCGUUUCUCGCUAGAGCGCGUGGAUAAUCCGAGGUAUAAGAUCUAGUCAUACGUGUCUGUCUCUUUCUGUUCGCCGACGAAUCCGUCGUAUUACGCUGUCCCGUGACGACAACGAAAUUCUCGGAGCACGAGAGAUCGACAUCCUCCUGGCAGAAGGUAAGGCGCAACGGCGACUCCAAACGAGAAAGCCGUCGGCUUCACCGCCGGUCGAAAUUGCUCCGCUGCAAGUCGCGAUUGCUACAUUACGCGCGCGCUCAGCGAUAUUCUCCAGAGUUGGGUACACAUGACAUGAGCAUUUGUUUCAGUGCACGCGACUAUAAACGCACUUGAAUUCUGUAUGAAACAACAGCUUUGUCUCAAUGACGACGAAACAAAUUCCCGAGGUGUCUUGUCGAAUAUAUUUUUCGAAAGAAUGAACUCUCUGAAGCACAGAUUGUGUGUGUGUGUGUGUGUGUGUGUGUGUGUGUGUGUGUGCGCGCGGACGUGUGUGUGUUGUGAAAAAAGAAAGAACCGAUAAUUAAUAUUGCAAUACUUGGCUUGAAAUACGACGCGCUUAAAAUUUAGGGAAUCGAUUAUUUCUAAGUAGAAAAACGCAUCCAGAACUGCGAUCAGAAUAAAGUUAAUCAGAAUAAAGUUAAAAGUUGAGCUUGGUUGAUUUAGGUUAACAUCGGAAAACCAUUCCCGUUGGCAGGUGGAGGGAGGUCAACUAGCCGGCAAGUCGACAUUGGAAAACCUCCCUCCACUUUGGUAGGUAGAAGAUAAUUGAACAAGUGAUAUGAGCGGAUGUCUCAGAUGUUGGUCACUCAUUUGAUUUUUCAAUCUGACUUCAUUUCAAGCCGGACUUCGUAUUAACAUUGUGAUACUAAUUAGUUCGCAUUUUGUUGUAACGCCUACGAAUUUGUAUGACUCGACAUUAUAUACAGAUAGAUUUCGUGUAAAAAAAAUUCUCCCUUUGAUACUGCAUUUGAGGAAAUCUGUUAUCUUGAAAAUUUCAAAACAAUGUUGCGAGUUUGGUCAUGUGUAUCCAACACGUUGGGGGAAUAUCCUGUGAGGAGGAUGAGAUAUCCAGGAAGAUGAAAAUACUAGCAGUAGUUAAAGGUAAAGGUGAAAAAAAAACACGGUAGCGGUUUUUAAAUUGUACAUAUGUAAGAGGAUAAGUAUUUUCUAGGAGAGUAAUAGCCUAUUUGCCAUUCUACUAGGUAGUGGAAGAAGUUCUAGUGCAAUAUAUAGAAGUCUAAUGAGAGAUGUUCAUUAUUCGUUGUUUUCUCUCUAUACACAACAUACACACACACACACACACAGACAUACACAUACAGAAACAUACAGCCAAACGCACACACACAUUCACACAUGGCGCGACAGCUGAGUAGGUAUGCCGAUACCAGUGCGUUUCAACAAUCCUUAUUCUCGAUCAUCGAGAAGGAAAAUAACACAGACUCGCUCUACAUCGCGGCCAUUUUUCUCGUAGAAAAAGAUAACAGAGAAACGUUAUUUUCCUACACGACCGUUCGAUUGCGUAGCAUAUUGAUUUUAUUAGCGACACGUAUUGUCUCGAGCACGCGUUUUUAAGUCACUGUGCACGUGAAUCCUCGAAUGCGAUAAGUCGGGUGAAUACUGGCUAAAUGGAAACUUACUCGUUUAUGUUUUUCGUCUCGUUCUUUUGUGUAUUAUAAUUAUUAUUAUUACCAUUAUUAACAGUAUUAUAAUUAUUAUCAUUAUAAUAAAUUAUUAUUAUUAUUAUUAUUAUUAUUAUUACGCUUAUUUUCGCCCGGGUGAUCUGUGUGAGUUGUCGCGAUGCCAUUACGAAUAAAAUGUUCUCGGUGAUGUUGAUGUUACGUAACGCCGAUGAAAUUAUAGAGAUAUCAUUUAUAGUUUUAUUAUAUAAAUGUAUGUUUAAUAUAUAACGCGCGCGCGCUUGGGCAGAAUGGAACGAACCGCCAUCGAACGAAACGCCAAGAAGGGUAUUCGAUAUUAACGACACGGUUGCGUAUCGUAACACACAACGUUAUCUGGUUAACUGGUUACGAAAUGUUCGAGCAUUACCGUAAGAAAUUUUGCCAACGGAAUCUCCGGCGAAUUUCUGCAAUCAAUUAUUCUUUGGUGGGCAUUCGAU